UUUAUACUAAAUAUCAUAGAAUAAUUCAAUUUAUGAGAGUUAAUUUUAAUCCAUAAUGUCUUAUAUAGUUUUCACAAAUAUAUAUAUCAAUCAUUAAAACUGCAAACAAAAUUGAUACUACUGUUCAUUUCAAAAAUAAAGGCAAAUCGAUAUUUCUUCAAACUGAAUUAAACACAUGAAAUUCCUAUUUGAGAAGUAUAUGAGUUACUUUUGAUAGAAUUUACUCAUGUUUCUUAGUAAUGGAUCACAUGGAAAAGAAAAUAAAACAUUUGAUUUUAUUCUAAUUUAAAACGAUGAAAGUUAAUUCUAUAUUCUUAUCGAUUUUAAAUAAUGAUAAUUACUAAGAUUUGAAUAUUUUUUAUUUUUUGCUCUACAAAUUGUCUAUCGUGUUGAAUCGAAGUAAAAACAAGUUUUGUUUGUCAAUUAAAUUAAUAGAAGUAAGUAUUUCUUAUAUGUUUUUGGAAAGAAAAUGAUCCUUGAAAUAACAGUUCGAUUUACACAUAUCAUUGAAUAUGCUCAGAUAAAAUAUUAUCGGAAAAUUUACCACCAACACAAUAAUGAAUGCAUAUAUUAAUAAAAAAAAAUGCACUCGUUACUUUUUUUAACAUUUAUCUUGAACAAAAUGAUGCCAUAUGUGAGUUAUCAUCUGUUGCAAAUAGAGAAUAUUAUACUCUCCUAUGUAGACUGCGGAAACCAAUAUAUUUGACUAAUAUUGAAUGUAAUUAAUGUUAAAAAACAUUGAAAAUUAAUAUUUUUACAAGGAAAUGCAAAGUUUAAUGAGAGAAAAAAAAUGCUACUAGGAUAAAGUAAUUUCUCAUGCUUAUUUCAUAUCCAAUGUCUAGAAGUAAAAUGAAUAUUUAUUUUCAUGAUGAUUAAUUUUAUAUUGUUUUCAUAAUGAAAAAAACAAGAUUCUCAUUAGAACUAUUUUUUUAGUAUAUUACUGAGAUGAAUUAAUCAAUAAAAUAAUACUGAUAAAUAACUGAUCUUUGUUUAAUCUUAUUAAAAGAAUGUUCUAGUUUUCAACAGAAUCAAGAAUGAUCUUUCAAUAUAACUCUACAAGAAUGAUAUCGACAUACUAGAAUCAGUUACUCUAUUAUAUUAUUUUAAGAUGUUAAAAAUGAAAUUUUUUCAUGCACGUUCGAUAACUCAUAUAUAUAUAGAGAAAAGAAUAAUGGCAGGAGGCAAUCGUAGACACGUGCACCAGGUGACUAUAUUAGUUUACCAUCAAAUGCAGCUGUACAUCUUGAUGCAUAUUUCGAAUAUUGAGCGUAAGAAUUAAACAAUGAAUCAAAUUAAUUAUUGUCAUUUAUUAAUUUUUUUCAAGUAUUGUUGGUGAUGAUGAUGGAGAAAAAUUAUUUUCGCCAGAAGAAUAUGAUGCAUAUAAAAGACGAGUUUUACCCAUACGAUUACACAGUCGAUUAUAUGUAUCAUGGGUAAAUCCUCAAGGAAUGGAUUGUAUUCUUAUUGAACCACAGCAUAAAUGUCUUUGUCGACAUAGCUAA